CCGGACGCACACAGGCGGUGUGGUGGGAGGAGGAUGAGGGGAGGAUAGAGACGUGAUGGCCCCGCACAUCUCCCGCAAGCGACGCACAAUCUGAAACUCAAUGCUGCCGCUGAACUUUCUGAUGAUCCGGAGGAAAUCCCAAACUUUGAGGCUUCAAGGAUGUUCUUCCCAGAUGGGACGGUCUCAGCCCUCCGUUUUGCGCUCCUGUUGGGAAUAACGUGUCUGACCGUCUUCAGCCAGGGCUCCUCUGACUUUUCAGGUUACCUCACCAAAGUGCUGAAGAACUACACCGAGCAAGCUUGUGACGGAGACUUCCUGUCUGUCCGCUGUCCGCCCCGCACCACCAUCACCGUCCAGUCGGCUUUCUAUGGAAAAAGAGGAGCGGCUGAUCUCCAGCAGUGUCCUCAGACCUACCAGGCCCUCCUGGGUUCACACAACGCCUGGGAGGAUGAUCGAUAUUGUUCCGUUUCUACAGCACUACAGAAAAUGCUGGACGAGUGCCAGGACAGAAGGAGCUGUCAAGUCCUUGUCAACAGCCGUGUGUUUGGGACGGACCAGUGUCCUGGCAGCAGUAAAUACCUCAUUGUCUGGUACAAAUGCAGACCUAAUGAGUAUAAGAGUAAGGUGGUCUGUGAGGAGGAGAGGAUGAGGCUGAGCUGUAAACGUGGUAUGCAAAUUGCUGUUUACUCUGCCAUGUUCGGCCGCACGCAGCAAGGCACCCUGGAGUGUCCGCUACACCACAGGAGGACUCCGUCAGUAGAGUGCCAGUCCUCUGUGGCUCUGCAGCUUCUCACCUCCCGCUGCCAGGGGAAGAAAAGCUGUCUGGUCCGAGCCUCCACCAGAGACUUUGGAGAUCCUUGUUACCCCGGGACCAGGAAGUACCUCAGUGUCAUCUACACCUGUGUUCCAAAGAAGCUGUUGCAGGAGCAGGGCCCCCGACCACCUGUGUACCACCCGCCACCCAGCACCCAUGACCCCAACAUAGUGGGAGACGGCCCUCCGGAGGGGAGCUCAGUCAAAAGGCCCGACGCUGUUCCAGAUAAGAAAAAGGUUAGGGAGACCAACCCAAACGAGGAGAAGUCUUCAGAAACAGGAAGCGAGGGAGGAGGUGAACGUCCAGCGCGGCUCCCGGAGGUCAAUCCCAUCAUCAACUCCACCUCCGGCGCCAACAUGGCCCUCAUCAGCAACGCGCUGGCAGCGUACACCUACAUAUCAGACCACCCAGAGAGGGCUGCGCUCUUCUUCGUCUGCGGCGUGUGUUUGGGGCUCUUCCUCACCCUCUUCGCCCUGGUGGUCCAGAUCUCCUGUCGCACCGACUGCCAGCCCCGGCAGCGGCCUCCCGCCAAGAAGCGAGCGCGCCCCGCCGACUCGUCCUCCGACUCCAGCGACUCGGACUCGGACUGGGACACCACCUCGGACCUGUCGGCCCGGAGGCACCGGCGCUUCGAGCGCACGCUUAACAUGAACGUGUUCACGUCGGCGGAGGAGCUGGAGAGAGCGCAGCGGCUGGAGGAGAGGGAGCGGAUUAUUCGGGAAAUCUGGAUGAACGGGCAGCCCGACAUACCAGGGACACGGAGUCUCAAUCGGUAUUACUAAAGCCUGCUGAGGAGCGUCCAUAAAGGGCUCACUAGUCUUAAAACCGAAUUUUAUGAUGAACUUGAGCUGGACGCAGAAAGAGACGCUUCGCCGACGACUGUCCGCCCUGAGGAGAAGAGUGGAAGGCUUUGCAGACUGAACCGGUUUGCUUAUUCCUCCGGGUGUCAUUAGCGAUACCCCGCUCACAGGAGAAGAAGCUCCCACUCCGCUUUCUAAGCUCACCUUUCUGCCGGCACUCACUCCCGGAAGUGAGCGGUUGAAAGGCUACGUUGCCUUGCCCCAGACCUCAGCAGGCCUUUUUUUUUUUUUUUGAAGUGAGGAUUUAUGCGAUCGAAACGGGCCUGCAGGAACUACAUGGUGACCGAAGGACCAGGGCCUCGGGUGGCCUGUUUCACGCAGAACGCAGGGCAGCCGGAAGAGACUUUCCGCUCAGUACCCUCCAGUAUUCCAGUGUGAACAUUAACAGAGUGCAGAGCAAGUUCAUUCGCGACGGGACAGUGGAAGACAAUCUUUCCAGUGAAUAAACCACACUGCCUUUUUGAGCUAUGUCAAAACCAAAAGAUAUCGUGGGGGGACUUAUCGCGACCCUUAUGAAAUAUAUUUUAUAAUAUUUAAUAGUUUAUUGAUGUUGUGUAUUUUUUUUGUUCUCAAGUAUGGUUUAUUAUGAGAUAUUUUUAUACUUGGCGAAGGUUGUCCGGCACCUCAGGGAUGCAAUCCUAGUGUUUGUGUUUGGUUGAUGUAUUUGCUUCCUAAGAAGGGGAUCAGCCCAUUUGAACAGCUUUGUCAGCGUUUCCUGAAAAGAAUUAGCUAUCAUAUAAAGAGCCUCAAAGAGGUCUUAGUGGCUUAAACUUAUCUUUUGAUGCAGUUUGUUUAACUUCAAGAUUACAGCUAGUGUGUCUAACUGGUCAAACUAUUUAUUAAUUGGAAAUUUUGCGUUUUUUUUUUUUUUUCCUCAUCGUAAAUAUUUCCCUCAUGGUCAUGACUGUUGCUUUGCUGAAGUGGAGCAUUGUACAAAUCUGAAUGUUUCUGUUGAACAUUGCACUUGCCAUUUCCCCAGAUGUAAAGUAUGAUGUACCAGAAUAUGCCAACUUUGUACCAGUAGUUUUUGCUAGAAUCUUUUUUUUUUUUUUCUGGUCAUUGCUCACAAAAGAUUGUGUUGUUUUCACAUCUCGUGCCAACUAUGCCCUUAUUUCAAAUGUAUCAGUGCUAAACAGAUGUUCAUGUCCAUCUGAAGAAGGAAAUGGCACUGCAAAAAAAAAACUUCACAACAGACAUAUGACCUGUGUCUCUGAGAUCAUGCUGCCAGUUUAUUGAUAUAAGCUAUUGUUAAUCCAGACUUGUUUGUGCUUCUCUGGAUACAAGCAUAACAAUAACCAGUUUUCAUCAGAAAGCUCUGUAUUUUUAUGAACGAGAGUUUAAAUAUAUUGUACACAGGAUAUAAUAGGUUCCUCCUCAAGACCACCACUCUGCAUAUUUUUUUUUUUUUUAAGAAAAAAAAAGGUAUAUAAAGUGCCAAUUACUGGUUACACAAGACCAAAAUAUGACUUCUGUGCUUGGAAUAAACUG